AUGACCUCGUACGCGCCCAAAGUGGGCGACCCCAUCUCCUCCCUCGACACACCCUCCAUGAUCGUCGACAUCCGCCUCAUGAACGCCAACAUCCAGAAGCUCUUUGCCACCUUGCUCCCCACGGGGCGCAACAUCCGUCCCCAUCUCAAGACGACCAAGUCCGCCAUCCUUGCGCAGAAACUGGUCGACGCGGGCGCCAAGGGUGGGUGUGUCGCCAAACUUAGCGAGGCCGAGAUCAUGACGGCGCGCGGCUUCCCGGACCUCCUCGUUACCUGCGAGAUUGUCGGCGCCGCCAAGUUGAAGCGUCUCGUGGCACUGUACCGCAAGAACAGAAAGCUACGUAUCGUGGUGGACAGUAUCAAGGGCGCGAGUGCCAUCAACGACGCCCUGGCAGAGGACGAUGAGAAGAACGGCCUCCUUGAACCGCUCAACGUGCUCAUCGAUCUCGACGUCGGUCUGCGCCGCACAGGUAUCGACGCCGGCCAGCCCGCCUCGCAGCUCGCGGCGCACAUCGCCACACUCUCCAAACUCAAGCUCAUCGGCGUGCAGGGCUACGAGGGCCACCUGCAGCACGUGCAUGGGGACGAGGAGCGCAAGGCACAGUGUCUCGCGUCCAUGGCGAUCCUCACGUCGACGGCGGACGCGCUGCGAGGCGAGGGCCACGACAUCCAGGUCGUCACGACGGGGGGCACGGGUACGGCCGAGUUCUGCGCGACGGUGCCGGGGGUGACGGAGUUGCAGCCGGGCAGCUUCAUCUUCAUGGACACGGACUACCGCAACGCCAUUGGGGCCGAACGCUACGGUCAGUCUCUGACCAUCCUCGCGACGGUCGUCAGCAAACAGACGCCCAGCCAGGUGACCAUUGACACGGGGCUCAAGAGCCUGACGACGGACAGCGGGCUGGCCGAGUGCAAGGACCAGAGGUACACGUACGGCUGCCUGGGGGACGAGCACGGCAGUCUGCGCUGGGAGGAGGGCACGCCGCCGCUGGAUGUGGGCGAUCGCGUCGAGAUGGUCCCGAGUCACAUUGAUCCGACCAUCAACCUGCACGAUGUGUACUAUGCACACGAGGGAGGCGUGAUUCAGGACAUGUGGCCCGUCGACACGAGGGGCAAGGUGCAAUAG